AUGCCGUCGCCGAGGGAGCGCGUGCGGUCGCCGAGAGGGGAGGAACGGCGACGGUUGGUGACGCCGCGCGGGACGGGUUCGACGAGCGAGUUCUCGGUCCCAGAGGUGCCGAGACGGAUGUCGGCGCGAGAGGCGUUGACGAGAGCGGCGUUUCCGGUCUUCGUCGCCGCGCUCGGGGCGUUUUCGUUCGGGUAUCACUGCGGUGUGGUGAAUCCGGCGUUGGAGAAUCUCGCGAGAGACAUCGGAAUCGCGAACGACGUCGCGGCGAAGGGCUCCGUCGUGAGCGCGAUGUUGCUCUUUGCGGCGGUCGGGUCGUUCUCCGCGGGCGGCAUCGCGGACGCGUUCGGACGCGUGAAGGCGUUGGGGCUCUCGGGCGCGGCGUGCGCGCUCGGAAGCGCGGCGUGCGCCACGGCGACGACUCUGGAUGGCAUCCUCUUUGGACGCGCGCUCGUCGGUAUCGGGGUGGGUUUGGUGUCCAUCGUCGUUCCGAUGUACAUCAGUGAGCUCGCUCCUCCCGAACAUCGCGGGAUCUUGGGCGCCGGGCCGCAGUUGUCCAUCGGGGUCGGGAUCCUCAUCGCCGUCGUGCUCGGGCUACCGUUUCAGGGAGACCAGUACUACGCCCCGCCUGAAAACUGGUGGCGAAUCAUGUUUUGGGUCGCGUGCAUCCCCGGCGUCGCCCUCGCCGCGCUGGCGAAUACGAUUCCGGAAUCCCCGACGUGGCUUCGAUCCAAGGGUCGAUUCCACGAAUCGGACGCGGUGGAGACGGCGCAGUUUGGCGCGACGCUUUCGCGAAGAAACGAUGACGCCACCGACGGCAAGAUGGCGCGGUGGACGGAUGUUUUAACGGCGCGAUCGAACCGUCGAGCGCUCAUCACGGGGGUGAUGUUGUUUUUCAUUCAGCAGUUCGCCGGGAUCAACGCCAUCAUCUACUUCAGUACGAGCAUCUUUGAGAGCGCCGGGAUCACCUCAGCCGUCUUCGCCUCGAUCGCCGUGUGCGUGGUCAACUUGGUGGGCAGCGUUCUUGCCACUGGAUUGCUCGAUAAAACGGGCAGAAAACCGCUUUUGACGUUUUCAUUCCUCGGCAUGGCGAUCUGUUGCGUCAGUUUAGCUUUGUCCGCGGCGAAUCCGCACAUGUUUAUGGCGCCGACGCUCUCUCUCAUUUCCGUUCUCGCGUACGUCUUCAUCUUCGGUAUGGGUGCCGGUCCGGUUCCGGGACUUUUGUCUUCGGAGAUCUAUGCACCCGCCGUGAGAGGAAAAAGCAUGUCGUUGUGCUUUCUCUCGCACUGGAUCUUCAACUUUUGCAUCGGCCAGGGCUUCUUGCCCGCCGUGCAGACUUACGGGGCGCCCGCCGUGUACAUGCUCUUCGCGGUUUUCUCGCUUUUUGGUUUCAUCUUCACCUCGGCGUACGUGAUCGAGACGAAAGGGAAAAGUUUGGAGCAAAUCGCUGCCGAACUCCAUAUUUAG